CUCUAUCUCUCUUCUCCUUCUUCUUCAAUUUUGAUCAUUCUUGAAUCUGAUUCUCCUCGAUCAAAAGCAUUUCAAUUUCAGAAAUUUCGACCACGAUUGUUAUUUGUUCAAUUAGAAGAGGCGAAAAAGGAUGGCGACGGUAAAUGGGUACACAGGAAAUACUCCGGCGGCGACUACGCCGGUAGCCACCGGAUCAAAGCAACCUGCUCCUCCGACUAAGACCGUCGAUAGUCAAUCUGUCCUAAAAAGGCUGCAAUCUGAACUAAUGGGCUUGAUGAUGGGAGGUGAUCCGGGGAUAUCUGCUUUUCCAGAGGAAGACAACAUAUUUUGCUGGAAAGGAACAAUCACAGGAAGCAAAGAUACUGUGUUCGAAGGAACUGAGUACAGACUCUCACUCACUUUCUCAAACGAUUAUCCUUUUAAAUCUCCCAAAGUUAAGUUUGAGACAUGCUGCUUCCACCCCAAUGUGGAUCUCUAUGGCAACAUUUGCUUGGACAUUCUUCAGGAUAAAUGGUCAUCUGCUUACGAUGUGAGGACGAUAUUACUCUCAAUUCAGAGCCUUCUUGGAGAACCGAACAUCAGCUCACCAUUGAACAAUCAAGCGGCUCAGCUUUGGAGCAAUCAAGAAGAGUAUAGGAAGAUGGUUGAGAAGCUCUACAAGCCUUUAAACGCAUGAUUCUCAAAAGCCACUGUAACUGAUUUAAAAUCUCAACUGUAUUGGAUCAUGUCUCUUUUACUUUUAUAAUCUCAAUUUGAGCCAAUAUUAGCAAUCAAAACCCUCUUAUUACAGUUCCACAAUCACCACCAAUAUCUUUUCCGUAACUGAGACUUGAGAACUUCAUAGUAACUCUGAUAAUGCUGUAGUAAUAAGUAUCUGAAAGUAUA